ACUAUACCGAAGCACCAGUCCCCCUUUUAUCAUCCGACGUUUGGGGCAUCGAGCAUCUCCUUUCACAAUGUAGCAGGGCCUCACGGGAGACGCUCAAAAGAAUUCAAGGAAUGAAGAAAUGAACACGGAGCUAAACCAAAGUCCGCACCCCCAUUGAAGCCAGCUCUAAGAAUAUGAAAGAGGGACGAUUUCGCCGACCACCAUCGUCGACGGCAUUGAAGCUCAAGAGGAACAAAGGGGAGAUCGUGGAAGUCCAUGGGGGCCGCAUUCUCCGGUCCACCGGAAGAAAAGACAGCCACAGCAAAGUCUGCACCGCCAAGGGCCCAAAAGACCGGCGACUCCGCUUGUCGGCCGGUACCGCUAUCCAAUUCUACGACGUUCAGGACCGGCUGGGCUACGACCGGCCAAGCGAGGCCAUUGAUUGGCUCAUGAAGGAGGCCAAAUCCUCCAUUGACGGUCUCCAGAAACUCCCUUCUAGUGCCGUACACAUUCCAUCCCCGGCCGAUCAAAGCUUCUUGACGCCGUCGUCCCCCAUGGAGUUUCAAGAAGGCCAAAACACAAUGUUUUUCCCGGAACUCAGCUUUGAGGCCUCGCCCUCCAACUGGUCCAAUUCAAGUUUAGGCAAAGACCAGUUAUUUUAUCAGGGAGGAACCCUUCAGUCCAGCUUUAAUCUACCUCCAUUUUCCGGCCUAAACUAUGAUCAUGUCCCGGAAAGCGGCGCCGGAAAUCUGUUCGGCGGCGACGGGUUCUCAGGGUUUUAAUUGCGUUUCGCAGAGAGUUAUUCAUUCAAUCAAGGAGAGGAAGAAGACUAUAACCCGGCCGACUCAAGCGUUCUGAAGCUGUCUGUCUUCUGCAUUAUCAAGAUCAAUUAAUUAAUUAAUUAAUGGCGCCAAAAGAUCACUCAUCAUUGUUGGCUAUGAACUGUGACGGUGAUGGUGAUGGUGAUGGUGAUGGUUGCUAGCAGUUUCCAGAGGGAAAGACCUACAACGACGGCAGCAAACAACAGUAUCCUCUCUUCAUCUUCUCCAGUUGUGACUUUUUGUCUUCGCCGUGACCCCUCAUCUCCUCUGGUGUCGGGCCUUGAAACAUGGGCUCGUAACUUGCGAUGGGCAUGAAGUUAUCAGAAUGUUGCCGGUUGAAUGGGUCGCUGAUGGAGAAAGACAGCCGGCAGGGCUGCCAGUGAUGAAAUUCUCGGUGAGUUGCAGAGGGAAGAGAAUGUGAAAGGCCGGGAGGGUAAAUGAAGAAUGGAAGGAAAAAGAUAAAAUUUUUAGGGUUUUAAAAUCUUCCAACUUGGAUUGAGGUGAUGUGUUGGGUUAAGCCCGAUCUAUAUUAAAGUUAAUGGGCCGGCCGGGUCUAUGAACCGACCUUUUAGGAACUUGGAUUAGAUUGACUGGCAUUGUAUCCGCACUGUUUUGGGUCAGGUUUUUCGACCCGCCUGAAUAAAGAAAUAAUAAAUAUAAAUUUUGGUGCAAAAUUAAGGUUUU